CAACGCGGCAACCUUGAGUAGCCGUGUCAGUCGAUCAACAAGGGUCGACGCACAGAUAGUCUGUGCGUGUGCUUUCCCUCUCUUUUAUUUUUUUGCUUUUCUUGCCGGCGUCGACGCCGAUUACAACUGGCCGGAAGAAAACGACUCGCGCAGCGUCGGUCGACGAAGCCCUGUCCGUGGAGUGGCGGCAGGAAUGCGCCGCCACGAUCGACGUCCCAGCGCCGGGGCAGCGCGGUGGCGGCCUGCAGCAGCAUCGCCUGCCGCCGCCACUACGACAGCUACAUCGCUGUUGGUGGCCGCGUCUCCGACCGUGGCGUGAACAGUGCGGACGACUCAUCGCGGGGACCGCCAGUGCUGCGGACUCCGGGAGGCGAGCGCCAUGUUGGUGAAUAACAGUAGUUUCGACGUGCGCGCUUUCUGCCAAAACCUACGCGCGACCAAGCCUCCGUACGAGUGUCCGCUGUCCAACUGCGGUCGAAUCUACAAGACCUACUCGGGCAUCCAGUUCCACCUGUACAACUUCGAGCACGACGGCAGUAGCAGUAGUGGUAGCGCACCGCCGAGCAGCAAGAAGAACAAGCGCGGACGCUGGCACCACCGGCAGAAUCGGCGCUCUCCGACACCGCCGCCGGGGCUGAUACCGGCCGCGCGCGAGGCGCUCACAUACGCAGAGGCGCAGUCCUCUCCUGUAAGCUCGCCUAGUAACGCGGUGCUUUGCGGUGCCCUGCAGAAGAUCGUGGAGGUGGACCUCGAUGGCUGCCUGCACCGCAUCAACAUCUGUGAGCCACUCGACUUGGUGGCUGCAGAGCCUGAGGCGGGGGCUGCAAGUGAGCCAGAGCCCGCUGCCGGUGCAACAGGUAGUGGGAAGGCCAAACUGCCUGAGGCAUCCUUCCGGCUGGUGCCGGACUAUGACCCCCCUGAUGCACCCCCGAGGCCCGCUUCGUACUAUCGCUUUAUGGAGCGUUCUGUCGAGGAACUCGAUGAGGCAGUGGAGUACGACAUGGACGAGGAGGACUGUGCCUGGCUGCAGCUGAUGAACAGCCGGCGGCGUGCUGAGGGCCUUGGUGAAGUGAGCUGUGACACCUUUGAGCUCCUCAUGGACCGCCUCGAGAAGGAGUCCUACUUCCAGAGCCAGACAAGUGGCCGUGACCUUGGGCCGCCCAUUGAUGAGGAUGCUGUGUGUGCCAUCUGUAGCGAUGGCGAGUGCCAAAACUCAAAUGCCAUCCUGUUCUGCGACAUGUGCAACCUGGCAGUACACCAAGAGUGCUACGGUGUGCCCUACAUACCCGAGGGCCAGUGGCUGUGCCGCCGGUGUCUGCAGUCACCAUCACGCGCCGUGGACUGUGUGCUCUGCCCCAACAAAGGCGGUGCCUUCAAGCAGACAGAUGACGGUCGCUGGGCGCAUGUAGUGUGUGCUCUCUGGGUGCCCGAGGUGUGCUUUGCCAAUACCGUUUUCCUUGAGCCCAUUGACAGCUUGGGCAACAUUCCGGCUGCUCGCUGGAAGCUCACCUGCUACAUCUGCAAGCAGCGUGGCGUCGGUGCAUGCAUCCAGUGUCACCGUGCAAACUGCUACACUGCCUUUCACGUGACCUGUGCCCAGCAGGCAGGCCUCUACAUGCGCCUCGAGGAAGCCACAGGCCUGCACGUGCGCAAGGCGGCUUACUGCGACGUGCACGCGCCCGCCGCGCCCGUGAGUAGCUCGCCGCCGCCGACCACCCCCCCGCACCGCCUGCCAGCAAGCCCCCACUGCCCGGGUUCUGAGAGUGGUGACAAGGCGGACGUGGUGCGCAAGGCCCAGGCCAAGGCACAGUCGCGGGAGAAGAUGCGCAAGGCGCGUAAGAUCCUGGCUGAAAAGCGAUCAGCCGUGCCCGUGGUAUCAAUCCCGACACUGCCCAGUGACCGGCUGGCCAAGAUAGCCACGCUCACAACACUGGCACGCAAGCAGGCAUUCCUCGAACGCCUGCUGGGCUAUUGGACCCUCAAGCGGCAGUCGCGCAAUGGCGUGCCCCUGCUGCGGCGGUUGCAGAUGGCACACCCUGGUGGUGGGCGGCGGGGAGGGGAGCUUCGCGACGCCGAUGAUGCCGGUGGUGGGCUGCGCGAGCAGCUCAAAUUCUGGCAGCGGCUGCGACAGGAUCUGGAGCGUGCGCGCCUCCUCGUCGAGCUGAUGCGCAAGCGCGAGAAGCUCAAGCGCGAGCAGCUGCGCCUCCAUCAGCUGGCCACCGAGUUGCUGCUGUGCCCGCGCGACGUGCUGCUGCGGCGCCUGCUUGCCCAGCUGCGUGAGCUUGAUCCCACAGACAUCUUUGCGCAGCCAGUCAACCUUAGUGAGGUUCCUGACUACCUAAACUACAUUAAAAAACCCAUGGACUUCUGGACAAUGGAACAGAAGUUGAAGCAGCAUGAGUACUCCAACUUGGAAGAAUUUGAAGCUGACUUCCACCUAAUCGUUGACAACUGUACGACGUACAACUCGCGUGACACGCUCUACUACAAAGCAGCUGUCAAAAUGCGCGAGCAGGGAAACUCCGUGAUCAGUCACGCUAGAGCUGCGGCAGACCGCUGUGGUUACGACACAAUAACUGGCAUGCACCUUCCCGAAAACACACUGACAGCUCCUGCAGUACCUGUCAAAGGCCGUCGUGGAAGGCCACCUAAGCGCCCCGCCACCAGCCAGCCACCCCCAACAACAGGUAAUGCAGAUGCAGCGACCUUGGGUUCCCAGCCGGCAGUGCUGCAAGCCACAUCAUCCACCAGUGCCAAAGAAGGCUUCCGCCGAGGGGCCAGCAGCCAUCGUCGCGGUGGUCGUCGCCCACUCGGAUCCGGGCUGGCGCGUCGGGGCAGGCCCCCUAGCCACGGUACGCAGAUGUUCAGAGCACUGGCAUGCUCGCCUGGAAUGCGCCUAGGGGGACACUUUUCUGCAGAAGCCAUCCCAUCUGCAGUCCCCUCUGGCGUGAAUCGGCGAACAAGUGUUCUGUUUCGCAAAAAACGCUGCGCUGUGGGGAGGGGACCAGCUGGUCGUGGAGGGCGCCUUGGUCGGACCCCGUCUUCAACCGCUGCUGACAACCCAAUGCCUGACCAGGGCACUCCUCCCACCACCAGUGCCGCUGCUGUCCUUACACCGAACCAGGGCCCAGGCCCGAGGAAACGGGGCCGGUCAGGGAGUCAGGGCAGCUCCCCGGGUCCGCUUGGUUGCUUCCCACCACAGACGGACAGCUUCAAGGUGUAUCGCUCCUAUGAGCAAGGCAGCGACUCUGAUCGAGAAUCGUCAAGCGAGUCCUCCGAGUCAGCAUCAAGCAGUUCAUCGGACGAAGCCACCGAGCCAGACGAGGCCCCUGGGCCUGAUCGGCCGGAGAUUCCACUGGAGCCACUGGACCUGGUGUGGGCCAAGUGCCGUGGCUACCCAUGGUACCCGGCACUCAUCAUCAACCCCGAGAUGCCACGUGGCGGCUUCACCCAAAACGGUGUGCCUAUCCCUGUGCCCCCCGAAGAGGUGCUCGACCUGCGAGUAGGCUACCCGGAGCCCGUCUAUCUCGUGCUGUUCUUCGACACCAAGCGGACAUGGCAGUGGCUGCCGAGAAACAAGCUCGAGCCGCUGGGUGUCGACACGGCCAGAGACAAGGCGAAGCUGGUGGAGUCAAAGAAGCCUGCUGAGCGCAAAGCCGUCAAGAAGGCCUACGAGAAUGCCAUUUUGCACCGCUGCCGCGUUACGGGACAGUCCACGGGCCUGUCGGGCGACUCGAGCGGUGACGACCAAUAAAUCAUGUCUCUUCCUUC